AAAAUACUGUAGCUGUAGGUGGGCGUGUACUACAUCGCGUGGACACGCCCAUUUCCAGGACACUUCAUUAUUCCACUCACUGCUGCUGUUCUGGAAUGGGCGGGUAUAUAAACAUAGAUGAGAAACAGGUAGGUAUAAUAAUUCUCCGAGUUUUCAAAGAGACACAGAACCGAACUCUUUUGCAAUGCCCCUCAGCACAUGCGAAUACCAGCUGCUGUUUCUGCUCUGCUUUCUGAUAAAAAGCUGUCAUGCUUUCAAAAAUGUUGCCACUGAAGAGUUCAAUGGGCACAUGGUCGCAUCAUCUCACCAGCCUCCAAAUAAUGCCUCCUUAAAUCGAGUGCGCAACGGAGGAAGACGAACGGAGAGCCGAGACCAAACCGAACAGCACCAGGUUGGUUGCAGGGAGCUGAGAUCAACUAAAUAUAUAUCUGACGGCCAGUGCACCAGCCUGAAUCCCGUCAAGGAGUUAGUGUGUGCUGGAGAAUGUCUACCCACCCACCUGUUGCCCAACUGGAUCGGUGGAGGUCACUACUGGAGCAGACGGGACGCCCAAGAGUGGCGCUGCGUCACCGAGCGCACACGCAUCCAGCGCAUUAAACUCCAGUGCCAGGACGGCAGCACGCGCACCUACAAGAUCACCGCCGUCACAUCCUGCACCUGCAAGAGAUACACGCGCCAAAACAACGAGUCCUCUCAUGCCCCUCAGAGUCCCUCACGGGAUCAUCCACUGCAGAGCCCCAAGAAGAAAAAAAGCAAAAAUAAAAACUCAAAGCCUAAUUCUAAAAAUGAAUAAAUACAUGAGCCUCUGGUUUGUUGAGGAUGAGCCAUUCUGCUGCAGAUUUGACCAACUCAGAUUUGACCUGCCCAUGGAAGGAAAGUGACUUUGAAAUGCAAUGACUCUUGACUUGGACUGCAUCAAGAUGACAGCUGUUUUUCUUCAUAUUUUCAGAUCUGGAUUCUUUUUAGGACUGUGUAUAUGUGAGAGUAUUUGCACUUUCUGAGUG